CUCUCCCUAUCUAACCAUCCUCUCCUCUUUCUCUCUCUUCUCUGGGUUCAGCUCUCUCUCAGAGCAAAAUAAAAAACAUCUUUAGAGGGGGAGAGAGGGAAAGAAUGGGUGCCUGUGCUAGCAAGCCUAAAGUGUUGAAUGGUGAAGCCCCAGAAGUCGUACCAGAAAAUGUCCCUGCCAAGGAUGUUACGGUUGCGGCUGAAGAAGAGGUGAAGAAGGAGGAGGGUGUCAUUGUGGAUGAUGAUGCCGACAAAUGCCGAUCUCUCAAUAACUUGCUCAAUAAUGAAGAGGGGAAGGGAUUGGCAGAAGAGAAAGAAGAGACAUCAGUGCAAAAGGCUAGUGAAGUACCGGCGGAGGCCGAGAAAGAAUUAGAAUUAGUUGAGAAAGUUGUCGAUGAAACUGCGAAAGCUGAUGCUGCUUCUAUUGAUGAGAAGAAAAUAGAGGAAGUAAAAUCAGAAACCUUGGAUGUGGAGGAAGUAGUAAAACCAUCAUUGGAGAGUAUUCCAUCACCUGCAGAGAAUAAAGCAGAUGAAGAGAAAGAAGCUCCUGCAGAAAAGACAGUUGAGGAAGUACAACCAAAAACAGAGACUAUUCCUGCAAAUGAAAAACCAGCCACUGAAGAGAAGAAAAUAGAAGAGAAAUCAGCUCCCGAGGAUCCAAAAUCUGAAGCUUCGUCUGUGGAGAUUAAAAAAACAGAAGAGAAACCAGCUACAAAGAAAAGCAAGUUUUGGUGGGAUAAGUGAACCAAAUUCACAAGUCAUGGCUACUGAUGUUAUCUUUAACAAGUUCUCUUGAGCAUGAUUUAUUUUAUUUUUACUGUUGAAUAUCAUUCUCAUUUGAUGAAAUUGGUAACGUUGUAUUUUCACCUUCGAAUUCAAAUACUCCAUCGUUUUUCCAUUCUAUACAAAUAUAUUUUCAUUAUUA